CUAAUUAAGCUAGCUACAUAUAUAUAUAUAUAUAUAUAUAUAUAUACUCUCUCCAAAGUUUACAUUGCUGAUAUAUAGCUCAUCAUCAUCAAUCGAUCAUGGCCGGAGUUGUGAGGUCGGCGGCGUGCAGCGGCGGCGAGGGGGAGCGGAAGACGUCGUGGCCGGAGGUGGUGGGGCUGUCGGCGGAGGAGGCGAAGAAGGUGAUCCUCAAGGACAUGCCCGACGCCGACAUCGUCGUGCUUCCGGCGGGGUCGCCGGUGACCCUCGACUUCCGCUCCAACCGCGUCCGCAUCUUCGUUGACACCGUCGCCGGCACCCCCACCAUCGGCUAGCCUCCCUCAUCUGCCUUCCUUCAGCGCCCGGGCCCCCGGCCAUCUUUAUCUUAAUUAAAUAAUGAUCACAUGCACGCAAGUGAUAUGUACUGUGUGCAUGUUUCGAUCGAUCCAUCCCCAUCUGAAUAAUGUUUUACCGUCAAUGUUUUUUUCCUAUGAAUAAAUAUGGAAGAAUCUUCUCCCAUCGAA